AUACAUUUAUAGACGAGACACGCGAGCGACCUGCACACAAGGACGUGAACAGCUGUCUGUGGCAAGAUGAAGUGCAUAGUUAUUUUAAUAACGUUCCUAACUAUAGCGUGUGUCCGGGCUGAUGUACAGGACGACUUCAGGUACCUUACCUCUAUAUUUGCCGGAGUGUAUGACAACCUCAAUCAAUAUGAAAGUGACAUUCGCCGUGGUUUGCCUCCUCAAGACAGACACCUUCAUCUUAUAACAUCAGUAGCAGCUGAAGACGUGCCAGUCCUACAAGGGAGGAUCAGUUUCUAUCUGGAACAAUAUCUCAAUGGAAGCCAAAGUGAUCUCAUCAGGCAACGGAUUUACAGCUUUGGCAUCGAUACAGAGAAUAGAAUUAACCUGAAACUCUAUUCUCUGGUCGAUCAAGCUAAAUUCGCUCAUGCCCCAACUAACUCUCCACUCUUCAAGAAGCUGACAAUGAAAGACAUUGUGUAUGCAUCAGGAUGUGACGUGUACUGGACUCGUGUUUCUGGUGACUUCUUCAGAAGUAAUAUGUUCAACACAUGUGUUGUCCCCAUAGGUGGAGCUGAGGUUCUCAUUAUCGACAAAAGUACAUUGUCAUCGACGUAUUUAACAGCCGAUGAGACGUGGAUCUUCGUUAAGAACGGAUCUGUGCUCAAGGUCUACCCCUCGCCAUACAACAUGACGAAGCAAAUCUCCCACCAACGUCCCGCGAUUCCCGCGUCCCCCUUUAGCGUUGACUCCACCCAGCUGAUCGGCUUCGAUGAGAUCUUCAAGUCUCUGGUCCAGGGUCAGCCUGUCCGGUACUAUUUGAAGACGUCGGACUGCACUGCGUCCGGGGGACAAGGGGUGGGAGCGUUGCCUCAGAUGGGAGGAUUCAUUGACACAUUCGAAUACUUCAACGAUAAAUCAUUCGGGCCUAUCCCGUACUUUGGAUUUUCAGCAUUCAUCCCAGGGAGAAACGCCAGUGGAGGUCUGGUCAUCCUGCUGAAAGAGGGCUUGGUGUAUAAAAAUGGCGAUGUUAAACUGACGCUCACAACGUUAUCUGUAGACUACCAAACAGUUAUCAACAAGCAGAACCUUGUUUGUAGAAUUGGCUCCAAUGCGUCAAGCGGCUCAGCCAUGUUCUUCUCUGGAGGACGCACAAUCAAACAACUGACGACAUUCAGCAGCUUUGUGUCGGCACUCCAGAGUGGAGCCCACGUACGAUUCAGUGUUAACUAUGGCCUCUGCAACAUUGGUGUAAAGGCAAUCGGUGGAGGAAGAAUUGAAGAUUAUGAGGUUUCUGCUGACGGGAACAUGGUGAAAUCGUCACAGUACAAAAUCAUCACCAAUUACCAGGGAGAAGGCUACGUGGAAGACAUCGUCAUUGGCAGCUUCUACUCCAACAGCAGCGCCAUCUUCAUCGCCUCUGACGUCAUGGUGGACACAAACAAUGACGUCUACGUGGAAGAGAUAGACUGCGAGAUCAAUGGACUACGGCCUGGGGGAGGGGCUUACCUCUACCAGGUGGUCUGAGACACAGUGGAAGUCCGAAGUGAGGUCUCGAACGUGACCUUGAAGGUAUAGCCGCCAGAUCUCCUGUCUCUCCAGUUUUUGUAUCAAUAAUAGUCACAGCGUUACUCACUGCUUUCUGUCUCUUUGUAUGUUGCCAUGUUGUAUGUUGUGAUAAUAACGAUGUUUUAUCUCAAGCAAAACAGGCCAGAUUUUAAAUAUAACAUGUAAUGUAACGCCCCUCAACACUUCCCCAAGCACGCAUACUGCGUGACAUUUGUUUCAGGUUUUUAAAAUGUUUGACGUACGUUAUCACUGUAUUUGUCACUGAAAAAUGUAUUCCAUGACAGCAGACAAUAAAGAAUGACCACACAGAGA